AUGUAUCUUAUUUUAGAAUUUAAUUUAUUAAAUUUAGAAAUAACAUAUAGCUUACAAACUUAUUAUUAAAAAAAAUUUUUCCUGCUUAUAUUAAUAUUUUUUGUUUUGUUUGACUCUAUUUCUUUUCUUCAAAAUAUUUAAAAAAUUCUGUUAACCAGUAUUUCUAAGAAUAUUUUAAAGAAAGUCCGUACAGUUAAUCCAGAACCAUUUGUUUACCUCUAAAAUUUUAAUAUAUCAAUAAAUAAAUCAUUUUAAAAUAACUUAUUAAUUAAUGAAUCAAAUUUUUAAAAAAUAUCGAAAUUAAAUUUGUUUUUUUAAAUAAGAAGAAGAUUCAAUAAUUAAUAUUCAUAAAUUAGAUCUACGAAGUAUUUAAAAUUUAAUUAAGUAAACUUAAAAUUAUUUGUUAUCAAAAACAUGCAAGAAAACAAAAAAUAAUAAUUAUUUGCAUAACAAAUUACUAUGUCAAGCAAUAAAAUUUAAACAAAUUAAAAUAUUUAAGAAAUUAAGUUAUUAUAAAUAACGCAGAAUAAAUCUUAAGUUUCAAUAAUUGGUUUUAAAUGCGGAGGGAUUUAUUUAGGUUCUACAAAGGAUAAUAAAAGAAAUGGUGAAGGAAAGUAAUUCUAUUCUAAUGGAAACUAUUACGAAGGUGAAUGGUCUUAAGAUCUUCAAGAUGGUAUUGGUCUUUUCAAAUAUAAUACUGGUGAUUUUUACUAAGGAGAAUUUUUUUAGGGAUAAUUUUAAGGAUUUGGAAAAUAUUUUUAUGCUUAAAGUAAAAGAUUGUAUAUUGGAUUUUGGUUAAAUAGUAAAUGGCAUGGUUAAGGCUCAUUUUAUAGUGAUCAAGGAGAUUUAUUAAUUGAUGGAAUUUGGGAAUGUGAUAAUCUUAUCUAAGAAAAUAUAUAAAUAAAUAAAAAUAUUACUUGUAAAAAUGAGCCAAAUACACAUAAAAAAUAAAUAAGUAUUUAAUCUCUGAUAAAAAAGAGUAAUUAAAUAUAGUCAAAAGAUAAUCAGAAUAGUUUUAGUAUUUAAAAUAUAAAAAAUAUUAAUGGAUCAAAAUACAAAUCAUUAUUAUCUAAUAUAAAAAAUUUAUUAUUUUAAAAUAAACAUUAAAAACUAAAAUAGUGUUUAAUUGAAUAAAGUGUUAUUAUAUGA